AUGAACGAGGUCAGGAUGUUUGUAAAUACCUUUGAAUUCAUUCAUAACGCCUUAGUAAGAUCACAAAAUGUUUGUUUUGAGGUUGAGCCACUUUUGGCUCGACCGUAUUCUUUCAACCAAAACUCAAGAAUUUUCCUGCGUGAAUUUUGUAUAAAAAGCAACCGUCUGAAUUCCGGCGGUUGCUAUAUUCUUCACAAAAUGCCUUAUAAUACUCUUCGUUCUACAAAGCAAGCAUAUCAUUGGUUUGAAAACCAACAGACAAAAGAACUUUUAGAAGAAUUUCCUCAUAUGAUUGCCUCCCUCGGAAAACCGAGAGAAGAGAUUCCGUAUGAAAAUUCAACAGGUUAG